GUCAGCCCCCAUGUAACAAAAUAAACAUUAAGAAGAAAAAGAGAUUCCAAUGUUUUAAAGACAAUGAUUGGUUUUUAAGCAUUAUACUGCAUAAUUUCUACGAAUAUUUAUGCAAAAUUAUUGAAUUUGCGUAUAUGAAACUGUUGACAACUGCAAUUAACUGUAUAGUGAUUCGGACAUCCGUGUUAUUUAUCACGUAAAAGGUGAAAGGGUAACUGAUUACUUCUAUUGGGGUCAUUACACGUGUUUCUUUCUAGAGACAAUAGCUAAGAAUGUUUUAAUAAUAACUUCAUGAUACAUUGAAAUUUUCUCAACAGCAGCUUUCUGUGGUCAUGAUGAGACCCAUACAGAAGAUACAGUUCUGUAUUAGACAGUUUUCUAAUUUAAGAUCUGUACCAAAAUCUUCAGCAUGGAAAACAUAUGCUGCAGUGGGUGCAGUAUCUGGAUCCCUGUUUGUUUAUUACCAGCAAAGACUAAAGGUCAAUGCAGCAAGUUUCAGCAGUUCAAGAAUCAAGUCAGCAUGGAUGUCAGAUCCCAUUACAAGUAUCGAAUUACUGGAACAGAAUCCUGAUGGGAUGAGAUACAAAAUGGAGAAAAUGAUCAUGAGAGUUCAGGGUGAACUUUGUAGAUUGUUAGAGAAAGAAGAUAAUGAUAAGAAGUUUCUAGUAGAAAGAUGGACAAGAAAAGAGGGAGGAGGAGGAAUAACCUGUAUUAUGCAAGAUGGGACUGUAUUUGAGAAGGCAGGUGUAAAUAUUUCUGUUGUCCAUGGCAACCUGCCUCCAGCUGCUGUCCAACAAAUGAGAUCAAGAGGUAAAAAGAUUGUUGGGAAAGAUCUGCCAUUUUUUGCUACAGGAAUAAGCUGUGUCGUCCAUCCAAAAAAUCCACAUGUUCCAACAAUUCAUUUCAACUAUCGUUACUUUGAGGUGACAGAUGAGGAUGGUAGUGUACAAUGGUGGUUUGGAGGAGGUACUGAUCUCACACCUUAUUACCUAGACAAAGAGGAUGUAGCUCAUUUCCACCAGACACUGAAAACGGCAUGUGAUAAACACAACAAAAGUUACUAUCCAAGGUUCAAGAAGUGGUGUGAUGAAUAUUUCUUCGUCACACAUAGAGGUGAAAGUAGAGGAGUUGGUGGUAUCUUCUAUGAUGAUUUAGAUGAUGAUGAACAAGAUAAGAUAUUUAAAUUUGCCACAGAAUGUGCUGAUGCUGUGAUACCAUCCUACAUACCAAUUGUACAGAAAAAUAAAAACAAGGGGUAUUCAUAUGCUGAAAGGAUGUGGCAGCUAUUGAGGCGUGGUAGAUAUGUAGAAUUUAACCUUGUGUAUGACAGAGGUACAAAGUUUGGACUAAUGACACCAGGAGCUAGAAUUGAGAGUAUUCUAAUGUCUCUACCUCUUACAGCAAGAUGGGAGUAUUGUCAUGAACCAGAAUCAGGAUCUAAAGAGGAAGAAUUAAUCAAAGUUCUCAAAGAACCAAGAGAAUGGGUUUAAUUACAACUUUAUAUGGAAGUUUUGUAUGUGGAUAUUCUUGAGACUAGUGGAGGAUAUACCUCAAAUGAUACUGUAGUAAUGUUAGACUCUAAUAUGUUUAAAGAUAUUACAAAAGAGUAAGAUACAAAAAAUUUCAAAAAAUUUAUUUGAGGUAAUAAGAGAACUUUUUUUUUUCAAUUGGUGCUAGUUUUAACAUAAUAAAGAAACCAAAUGAAUUACUUUUUAUCGUCUGUAUGUUAAUUAAGGAUAGAAUGCAUAGUAUAAAUAUUUGUAAAUUCUGUUUUGAGAGACCACCCUUUCUGCCAUCUCACCAAACAAUAGUUUCAAUAUGAAUUUUAUAGUGACAAAAAAAAGAGUUUUUUUUCUUCAAAUUUCAAAUACGAGUGGUCUGUUAAAACAGAGAUCUCUAGAGACAGGCUCUGUUGUAUAUGAUACAUUCUGAUGAAGAAUUAAUCAGAUGAUGCCAUUUCUGUAUCAGGUCUUUGUCAGUUGUUUUAUAGUGGUGCAAUAAUCAGUCCAAUGCCAUUAAAAUUGUUUCUAUUGCUUUCUCCUGAAUAUGACAUUCCUUAUUCCUUUAUUUUUAUGUUUAGAAGACAUUUUAGUGCUAAUUUUGAUUUGAGUGGAAAGAAUGUACUUUUCUCAUAUCAUUUGAACCAAUUUUAUACCUAGUUCAUCCUGCUUGGAAGUCAGCAUAUAUUUUUUUUUUCAACAACAUUUGUAUUUUCAGGGUAUAUAUAUAUAAGAGAUGCUUUUAAUAUAAGUUUAGCAAGAUGCAACCAACUAGAAAAAUUCCAGUGCAUAAGCUUAGUAGAUUUUCUUUCUGUCUAACAGAUAUGACAGCUAUGUGGACGAUCUCCACUAUAAUGGUUAUGCCUCAGUUGAGAAUCAGAUAUCUCUGUAAGCUCAAGUUUAAUGUGAAAUACUGUGGAUUCAUUAUUAUUCGUUGGAUACUAAUUUUCGUGGAUUUCGUGGGUACAGGGAAACCACGAAUUGAAAUGUUCAAUGAAUUACAAUUGUUCCAUAUAAAUAUAUGCUGACUAAAGCAAAACCACGAAAUCAAGUAUCCAAAAAAAUGGAAGUUUUCCUCAAUCCACGAAAAAAUUGGAACCCACGAAAAUAAAUGAAUCCACAGUAUAUGAAAUGGAUACCCUAAACAUUGCUAUCUUAGUCUGUUUUGCUGUGCUGGAAAUCUGCUAUUUACAAGUGGAAAUUUUCCAGUUGGUUGCAAUGAGCUGUACACACUUUUGUGGAUAUCUAUUGUCAUCAUUGUGAAUCUGUACACACUUUUGUGGAUAUCUAUUGUCAUCUUUGUGAAUCUGUACACACUUUUGUGGAUAUCUAUUGUCAUCUUUGUGAAUCUGUACACACUUUUGUGGAUAUCUAUUGUCAUCUUUGUGAAUCUGUACACACUUUUGUGGAUAUCUAUUGUCAUCUUUGUGAAUCUGUACACACUUUUGUGGAUAUUUAUUGUCAUCAUUUUGAAUCUGUACACACAUGAGUAUUUUCAAAACAAUCAUGUUGCCUCCUUUAUGCAGGUAACCCACUAUGGUUAUUACCAUGAUCUAUUAUAACUUAAUUAUUUCAGUGUGUACAAAGUAGAAUGGUUAAAGGAUUACUUGUUUGUUUGAGGAACCAUGAAAUCGGUAAUUGGUUGUUUACCAACCCACUACUUGGGUAACAAUUAUAAGCCAAAUCAAAAUAUGAUACAAUAACAGGAUAAGUGUAGAAUUGUUUUUCUUCCAAGGAUUUUUUGGAGUUUCCAUAGCUGUAAAAAAUUUAUGAUUCUUCUUACAAAUACCAUAGCUGUAAAAAAUUUAUGAUUCUUCUUACAAAUACCAUAGCUGUAAAAAAUUUAUGAUUCUUCUUACAAAUACCAUAGCUGUAAAAAAUUUAUGAUUCUUCUUACGAACAAGUUUUGUUUUCUAACUACAUGUAAAUGCUCAAACAGCUAAGUCGUAAAUGUUCGUCAUUCAUUGGGUUAUAAUACAAAAUAAAUGAAUUCAAUGAGGAUAGAUGCUGGAAUUCAUCACUUUAAGAAAAUAUAUUUUCCAGGACCAUAGACAACAGUUAAUAUGUAUAUGUAUUGGUGCAUUUUACCAGUUAAAAUAAUUAAUUGGUUUUUUUUUUUUUAUUUUAGAUUUAAUUCGUCAUAAUAAUCUAAAGACUACAAAUUAUCUUCAUGCUAUAAGUUUUUAAUUACAAAUAUUUUAAAGAUUGCUUCUUCUUAGCCAAUGCUUAGAUUUCUGAAUAUGGACAGUUUAAGAAUGAUUUUUUUUUUCUAAAAGAAUGGUAAAUUAUUACAGAACAUAUCAAUCUGUCAUUUUUUGCUAUUUCUUGCAAUGAUUGUGAAUUGUUAUUAAACUCAGGAUCUACUGUAUUAUCUUGAGACAGUUAUGAUUAUUUAUAGAUUAAUAGGUAGUUAUUAAUUCACCAAAGAAUCGAAACAAGUAGUUUUACUUGGGUAAAAAAUUCUUUGUACUAGCUUUGUGCAUGAUCUUUAGUGUUAAAAUUACACAAAUAAUACCAAAUAUUGUUUUUCAUUUUAGAAAAAAAUUAUAUUUCACAAAGAUUUAUACCAAAAUAGAGUACCGGUAUUUAAAAAAUGAAAUUUCUUACUUCCACCUCAUUUGAACUCUGGUGGAUAGUUGUCUCAUUGGCAAUCAUACCACAUCUCCUUAUUUUUAUAAUUUACUUAAAAGCAAAACAUUACUAAAACAUCAUAAAUGAAGUGAAGUUGUGUUAUUAUCAUAUAUUUGGUCAUUCCAUCAGUUUUUUUGAUAAUAUAAUAUGAUGUUUAGAUAAAUGUCUCUUUGUAUUAAGUUAUAUACAUUAAUGACAUAUCAGUUGAUGUUCAUCUAAAAUGUUAUUUUUUAAUUUAUGACAAUAUUACUAAAAAGUCUAGUUGUGAUUUAGAAUAUAUUUAUCAUAUAAGUUGUGAUAUGUUUUAAAGGCUUAAAAAAAUAUAUAUCAUAUAUUUGGAGUGUACAAGUAUUUGUUACAGAUUUAAAAUUUUAUCAAUUUCCAAAAUAAAGUUGAACUCAUA